GAGAGAUACAGAAAGAAACACAGAGAACGCACAAUAAAGCAAGCAAUCCCUAUUCAUAUUUUAUUUAUCAAUCAUUUUGUGGCAAAUACCAACCAACACGAACACGAGAGAGAAAGAGAGAGCGCGAGAGGGCAUAUCUAUCCAUAAUCAAUCAAUCGAACACACGAUGAGUUCAAUUUCAACAUUGGCGACUCCGUUGGCGUUUAUGAAGACGACGACCACUCGGAGAAAUAGCAGCAGCAGCAGCAGCAGCAGCAGCAGAAGAAUGAUGACGAUAAGGUGUGAUGUUGAAGGAGAAGAAGGAGAAUCAUCACAAACUAAGAUUGGAGCGCGUGUUAGGGUGAAGGUUCCUCUGAAAGUAUACCAUGUUCCUAAAGUACCUGAGAUUGAUCUUACUGGUAGAGAAGGACAUAUCAAACAGAAUGUUUCUUUCUGGAAAGAUAACAAACGAAUCUCUGCUAAUCUUCCUUACAAAGUUGAGUUUAUUGCUAAUGAUAUUCAAGGUCCUCGUGGUCCUCUCAAGUUCGUUGCUCACCUCAGGGAUGAUGAAUUCGAGGAAUUACUCUCCGAAUAAUAUUAUGGUAUUAUUAUUAUUAUUGUCAUCAAUCAUCAUAAGCUAGUAAUUGUAAUGGAAAUGGAAACAGAUUCAUGUGCACACUGACUGAGUUUCAUUGUUUCAACUAUCUUAUCUUAAUAAUAAAUAAUACUGUACUUGCUUAA